AUGCGUGCCUAUCUGUUGCUCAUUUUUGCUCUGGUGGGAUGCACCUUUGCUGGUGUACAUCAGAUUCCUCUCGUCAAGGUCGAAUCGCUGAGAACGAAAAUGAUUCGCGAGGGCACCUGGGCCCGCUACGUCCAGAUGAAGAACGUCGCACGAUUCGCGAAAGCAAUGAUGACGAACGGUGUUUCCGUAACCGAUUUUGAAGACGAAGAGUAUGUUGGAAAUAUCACCAUUGGAACACCAGGACAAACUUUCCGAGUGGUACUUGAUACUGGAUCGGCCAAUUUGUGGGUUGCAGAUUCCUCGUGUGGCAAAAGCUCACGAAGCUGUGACAAUCCCUUGUGCAUUUUUUGCUCUCUUACUUGCAAUGACCGCCGCUGCUGCACCCAGUCAGUAGGCAAUUCGGAUUCCUGUGCCAGCAAGCAAACCUUCGAUGCAUCCGAAUCGAGUUCGUAUUCGGUUGAUGGACGACGAUGGUCCAUUACAUAUGGUUCCGGCAUGGCAUCUGGUUAUCUUGGUAAAGAUAUUGUGCGUAUCGGCUCACCAGGAACGCAGCAACUAGUGAUACCUAACACUGUAUUCGCCCAAGCAGACGUACUAUCGCCGUCCUUCGAUGGGAGCCUUGCAGUGGAUGAUGUCACACCUCCGUUUCAACGUGCAAUAGAACUAGGUCUAGUCGAACAGCCUCUGUUUACCGUAUAUCUGAAGCAUAACACAGAGCAGUCAAACGUCAACGGCGGAGUGUAUACAUAUGGUGGAAUCGACAAGACAAACUGUGGACCCAUCAUUGCUUACGAAGAUCUUUCGUCGGCCACAUACUGGCAGUUUUCGAUGACGGGCGUGAAAUCCGGCACCUACAAGGCGGCAGCUAACUGGCAAGUGAUAUCCGACACAGGCACUUCAUUCAUCGGUGCUCCUAGUUCUGUUGCACAGUCGCUUGCAAGAGAGAACGGAGCAAUGGUAAGAUUGUAA